UUCUGCACCUACAAGCAGGAGUUGGAAGCUGCACAUCGUUCCAGCUUCAACCAUUCAUUCAGUGGAACUCCUGGACUCCCACACACACAGACAGAGAGAGAGAGACUCUCUCCUCCUCCUCCCAGAGCAGUGAGGCUGGACCAAGGCAGCAGCAUGGCAGAAGCUGGUGCGAGGAAGACGAUGUCAGAUUUCUGGGUGAAACAUUCUAGAAAAGGCACGAUCGAGGAAAUGAUGCUGGACUCCAGCGCGGAAGUCAUCACCGAGAUGGAGAAACCAGAAAUUCUGGGAAUGUUACCCAACUUCAAGGGGCAGCGGGUAUUAGAGCUGGGAGCUGGCAUUGGGCGGUUCACUGGGCACCUGGCCAAGCAGGCGGGCCACGUCACGGCGGUGGACUUCAUGGAGAGGUUUGUUGCCAAGAACCGGGAGUUGAACGGGCACAACGUCAACGUCAGCUUCCUCCAGGCGGACAUCACUCAGCUGGAGUUACCCUGCGACAGUAUUGACCUGAUCUUCUCUAACUGGUUGUUCAUGUACCUGACGGACGCGGAGCUGCUGGAUGUGACACGGCGCCUGCUCUCCUGGCUCAGCCCGAAGGGCUACCUCUUCUUCAGGGAGUCCUGCUUCUAUCAGUCAGGGAAUGUGAAGAGGGAGUUUAACCCCACGGUGUACCGGAGGCCAGCGGAUUACAACCACAUCCUGACAUCGAGUACGGAUCCAUCCGACCAGGAGCAGGAUACAGUCUGGGGCUUCGAGAUCGUAAUGUGUAAAUCCGUACAGACCUACAUCAAGACGGGAUGGACGAUGGGAAUAGGUGUUGAAGACACUCUCGGAAUGCUGGCUGCUGGCCGUGCCUGUGUCCGUCUGUCCGUCCGUCCGUCCUGCAGCUCGGAAUGCUGUCGGGUCUCUCUGUGA